UAAAAUAUAUCUAAUAACAGAGAGAGGGAGGUGCAAAUAAUAAUGGAGCAUGGAAAAUUUGUUGUUAGCAGCAUGGUAAAGGCUCAAAGCAAAGAGAGGCUUGCCAUUUUAGAAGUUGCACACAUGAUGAGUGUGCCUAUGUCACUCGUUGCUGUUCUCAAUAUGAAGGUACCUGAUGCCAUCUGGCAAGGUGGCAAUAACACUCCACUCUCCGCUUCUGAGAUACUCGCCGUUGUUCGUCCCAACGGCGGUGGAGAUGCGGAGAAUCUUCAACGCAUCCUCCGGUUGUUGACCACCUAUGAUAUUUUUGAUGAGCAGUUGAAUAGCAAAGGUGAGAGGAAGUAUUCUCUGAGUGAUGUUGGUAAAACUCUUAUUGCAGAUGCUGAUGGUUUAUCCUAUGCAGCAUACGUGCUCCAACACCAUCAGGAGGCGUUGAUGCGAGCAUGGGCGUUGGUGGGAGAGGCGGUGGAGGAUCCAACGGUGGAGCCGUUCGAGAAGGCGAACGGAGAAUCGGCAGUAGCAUAUUACAUAAAGAGAGCAGAUGUAAUGAGUUUGAUAUACAGUUCAUUGGCUGGGAUGUCAGUGCCUUUCAUGAGGGAAAUGUUGGAGAAUUAUGAUGGAUUUCAAGGUGUGGAGACUCUAGCUGAUGUUGGUGGUAAUUCUGGUGUGUGUCUUAACAUGAUUAUGAACAAAUAUCCUAACAUACGCAAGGGCAUUAAUUAUGAUUUUCCUGCUAUGGUAUCUUCUGCGCCGGAAUUUCCAGAUAUAACCCACAUCGGUGGUGAUGCGCUUCAGUCAGUACCUGCUGGGGAUGCUAUCUUCAUGAAGUGGAUAUUCUUAGCAUGGACAGAUGAGGAAUGCAAGAAGACCUUGCAGAACUGUUACAAGGCUCUUCCGGUGGACGGAAAAUUGAUCGUUUGUGAACCGGUGCUGCCGGAGCUGACCGAUGAGAGUCAAAGAACAAGAGCAUUGUUGGGGGGUGACAUAUUCAUAAUGACAAUGUACAGAACCAAGGGAAAACACAGAACAGAGGAACAAUUUAAACAACUUGGUGCUUCUACUGGUUUUUUUCGUUUUCGUGCCUUCUAUAUUGAUCCUUAUUUGGCCGUGCUCGAAUUUCAGAAAUGAUCAUGCAGAGAAAGCUUUAAAUUGGUGUGUUUAAUUAUUCACUUUAAUGUAAUAAAAAACAUGUCAUGAUGAUAUAUAGUGGAUGCUGGGAUACUAAUUCAUUACUGUUUCCUUAUCACCAUAAAUAAAUCUUCAUUCAUCAUAAUA